AUGAGCGACAGCGAGGUGGUUGACGAGCGCCGGGCGCCCAAGCGCCUUGGCCAGGACAUGAAGCCCACCAACGUCAAGAAGCCCAAGACGAAGAACGUCGGCAAGUACCUGCGCCCUGCGCCGGAAGGCCGCGUCAUCCACAACACGUCCGACAAGAAGCUCAAGUCGGAGCUCAAGCGCAGUGACAAGAAGUUCUCGGACGCGGCGUUGCAGGCGGCGAAGGCCGAGAUUCUUCUGCCCGAAGAAUCAGGGAUCCUGGUUGCGGAAGGUCUCGAGAAGACGCACCGAUUCACGCAGGAGCAGCUCGCUGAGCAUGUCGACAUCAACACGGCCAACAAGAUGUUUGACUUGACUCUCGACACGUUUGGGCCGUACAAGAUUGACUACACGCGGAACGGCCGUAACUUGCUUCUCGGCGGCGCGAAGGGCCACAUUGCGGUGUUUGAUGCGCUGCGCAUGAACCUCGGCUGCGAAUUCCACGUCAAGGAGUCAAUCCGCGACAAGAAGUACGCGUACAUUUACGACCACACGGGCGCCGAGGCGCACUGCCUCCGCACCAUGAGCGACCCCAAAGCGCUCGAGUUCCUUCCGUACCACUUUCUCCUCGCGUGCGUCGGUGGCGGCGGCGUCCUCUCGUACAACGACGUGACGACAGGGACGCAAAUCGCCAACCACAAGACCAAGCUCGGCAUGUGCGACGUCAUGGUCCAGAACAAGCACAACGCCGUCAUCAACCUCGGGCAUGCGAGCGGCAUCGUGACGCUCUGGACGCCCAACCUCAACGAAGCGGUC